UUUACCUCUUUAAGAAAGAAAGAAAAAAAAAAAAUAGAAGAUUUUGAUAACUAAAAAGUGAAGACUUAAAGCAUUGAUGGAGGGCUGGGACUUGAUAUGAUGAAGAUUAGGAUUGUUGUGCCUAGGCUUAAUCUGCUGUGGUCUCUUGUAUCUGAUGAUGAUUUAAUAGCUUUUGAGGCUAAGUUCCUGCUGGAAAAUAGUAGUGAUCUCCAUGGUGAAAUCAAUGCUAUGAAUCGAAAUCUGUUGCUGGAUCUUGUUAGGGGAACAAACUUAUUGCUGCUGUUGGAGCUGAUUUUACUGUGGUCUGUUUUGUUUGAAGAUGGAAUGGUGUUUAUUGAGUUAAAAUCUUUAAUGGAAAAGAGUGUUUCUGAUCUUGUGCUGACUGUUAACAUUGAGAUAACUUCAAGGAGGUUGGUGUUCCUAAUUAAGGAGAAGCAUGGAUCAACAACUGAAGGUUGUGGUUGCCCUUCAACCACAUGGGAGCCAAGAUGCAUCAAAGAAAGAUGGGUAUUUGGUUCUGUUCGUCUGGAUGAUGGAGAUGGUUGGCUGCAAUGGAUGCCUCUUGAAUUGGCAGGGAUCUUGGUUGUAAGCCAAGCCUAUAUGUGCAGAUUACUUGCCACAGGUUUGAGUACCUAUCCUGCUGGUGUCUCAAUGGUUUCUUGGUAUGAGGCAACUAGUUCAGGCAGGUUGCCGGUGGUUUUUACCAUACUUUGCAACUGUAAGACCUUGGAUUCACCUUAUGCCUUUUCUCAUCUGUUUCCUGGUGAAGGAACGUGGUCCAAGCUUUUGAAAAGCUAUUUCUGGCAAGGAUGAUCCGCAAACAACUGCACGGAGUUCACCUUCCUUGCGUGACAGAUUGCAGGGCUUUAUUUUACUUUGGAGUUAAGUUGCUUGUGUUUGUUUCUGUUCAUCUGUUUUCGUGUUUUGGUUCUAGUUGCUUUUGUUUUUUGUGUUGUGUAAAACUUCUACUUGAAUAUUAAUAGAGUAUGUUUUGAUGA